UUGAAAUACUCGUAAAAUAAAAUAAGGAUCACAGCUAGAUUUAUAUCCUUUCAUUUUAUGAAGCUUUCUUCAGUUCAAGGCGAACUAAUGUAUGUACUUAGAGUUACCUUAUUCGAGUUUUUGUAGUUAGGUAUACAAUCUUUAUCAAUAUCACAAUACAAAAUAAUCAAAACAAUUCUUGCGUACGUCUUAUUCUUGAAAGAAUUAUGUACCUAUGUUGGAGAAAUGUUCAAUUCAACAUCCGAAGUCUUCGUUUCACCCAUGAUACAUACAAUUAGCUAUCGAUCUUCACAAACAAUGAAUUGGUUAAAUCAAAUGAACUCGAUCACCGCAUAAAAUAAGUUUGAAGUAAUUUCAAAUAAAGCAAAAAGAACACGGAAAAGAAUAAUUAUCACGAACAACACACUAAUUAAUCAUAAUGGGUGUUAUAUUUAGAUUAUUUAGACAAAUUUUUUCAAUUCAACAUCCGAAGUCUUCGUUUCACCCAUGAUACAUACAAUUAGCUAUCUAUCUUCACAAACAAAAUGAAUUCAAAUGAACUCGAUCACCGCAUAAAAUAAGUUUAAAGUAAUUUCAAAUAAAGCAAAAAGAACACAGAAAAGAAUAAUUAUCACGAAUAACACACUAAUUAAUCAUAAUGGGUGUUAUAUUUUGAUUAUUUAGACAAAUUUCGAGUCUGAGUGAGUGAGAAGUCUGUGUUACGUACUCGCCUCUCCGUUUCUCGAUGAAACUGAUAACGUUCGGUUUUCGUACUCGACGUACUCGUACUUGAUGCGUUCGUGCGUUCUUUUCAUCUCAGUGAGACGAAAAAGCGUUCUUUUCGUCUCACUGAGAUGAAAAGAAACAGUCGCGUAAUAUCAAUUAGUUUCGCACGUUAUCGAACGACAGAUAUUCUACAGUUUCGUAGCGUGUAUCAAGAAAAAUUUAAAACGUAUCGAAAAAUUCCACCACAUGAUAAGAAACACUACGUAGGUACCUACAGAUGAUGCGAAGAAAUAGAAAAGUCAAGAAUGGGUUAUUCAAGAAAGAACGAUGAUGCUGAGGAAGCUUAUCCACUUUUAGGUGCAAAAAAUGCAACCCACAAAGAACCAGAAUGGAAACAAUAUUUGGCGGCGUUCUUAGCAUCAAUUAUAUCAUUUAGUUCGGGCUGUGUUGGAGGUUGGUCAUCGCCAGCCACUCCUAAAUUACUGAGUGGAAAUGCCUCAGAUCUGGGUGGUAUACGAAGGUUAACGAUUGAAGAAGUCUCUUGGGUAGGAUCUCUGAUCAACUUGGGAGCUUUCUUUGGUUCCAUUCCUGCUGGAUAUUUGUCUUUUCGAUGGGGUCGUAAGAAAUGUCUGCUGAGUUUGGCCGUACCUAUUAUCGUCGGAUGGUUGAUGAUAUUGUAUAAUUUUAAUAACGUAUGGUUUUUAUACAUCGGACGCUUCGUCAGCGGAAUCAGUUACGGAAGUUUGAACGUAGCUUUGCCCAUUUACAACAACGAAAUAUGCAAUGAUAAUAUCAGAGGCAGAGUUGGAAUAUUUUACGAUCUAAUGCAAUGCGUCGGACUGGUGUGGGUUUACAGCUUCGGAGCUUUCAGUAAUUUAUUCUGGGUAACUGUGAUGUGUUUAGUGGUGCCAGUCGUAUUCAUAUUUACUUUCAUUUUGAUGCCCGAGUCGCCUCUUUACUUGAUUCGAAUUGGUCGUGAAGAGGAAGCUAUAAAAUCGAUCAAAUGGCUGCAUGGAGACGACUGUAACGUCGAUUUGGAAUUAGCUCGAAUUAAUCAAGCUCUCUCGGAAGGUAAAAGUACAGAUCUCGAUGAUUCUCUCAAGGAAAACACUGAUCCUAAUACUGAUAUCGAUUGCGAAAAUGGAACGUUUUGUUGUCCAUUUUGGGAAAUUAUUUCCAACUUUUAUAAAGGACUAAGCAAUGUUACCAUCAAAGCUGUUCUCAUCGCGUUUUUCAUGUUCGUUCUGCAACGAACUUGCGGAGCAACGAUGGUCCAAUAUUAUACAGAUAGUAUUUUCCAACUUGCUCAGUCCUCAGUGUCACCCAACGUGGCUACUAUUUUAAUCGGUAUCGUUUCAUUGGUCAGCUCUCUGGUAUCAAUCAUGACGGUUGAUUUUCUCGGCAGAAGAUUCCUGCUUACUUUUUCCUUCUUCGUUAUGACCUUAAGUAUGGCGGUUUUCGUUGGAUACUUGACAAUGAUUCAGAAUGAUACCUCAACAUCUCAUUCAAACUACGGAUUAAUACCAUCGAUCACGUUAUGCAUCUUCGUGGCAAUGUUUCGUCUCGGAGUCAGCCCUAUUCCUUGGUUCAUGGCUCCCGAAAUCAUACCAACGGAAGCUCAAAAAUGGGCACCAUCUACCAUCGUAUGUAUAACCUGGGGUACAUCGUUUCUGCUCUCCAAGAGCUUUCUACCAGCCAUCAAUGCCUCCGGCCAGCUCCCCGUGUACUCCUUUUUCCUCAUCGUUUGUGCCAUAGGCGUAUUAUACACUUGGAUAUUCAUACCUGAAACAAAAAACAAAAGCAGGCAAGAGAUACAAAAAGAAUUAGGAGCUGUUACGAGCUGUUACGAAGCUAUUUAAAAGUGAUAUUUUUAUAUUCGACUGAUUCGUUUCCUUUCUUGGUAAGAUUUUAUUUAUUUUAUAAAGAGUUUUUUCAAAUUGAAAUCUACUUCCUAUUUUUUUAUUUUAUUUUAUGUAACCGUUUUAUGUUUUAAUGAUUGUUGAUGAAAUAUACUUGUAAUACCUACAGUGAA